GUGUGUUCAGUAUUGGGACGCGGCCCGUCCUCUCAGGUAAACAGAAGUUUGUUCCGUGGUGACAUUAAACGCUUCAAACCGGUGAAAUCUAUCUAACGGUGGAUGUGUGCGGAGCGGGGAUGUGUCCCGGUGCUGUGUCGGUGCUGAGGGCUGAUGUGGGUCAGAUGAAGCAGAUCAAACCGUUAAACUUUGAACUCUUUUCAUGUUCACAUCACACAAAGUUCCUGCUGUGUUAGCGGUUAGCUUCAGUUAGCAUCGCUCCGUUAGCCUGCCGGGGAUUAAAACCCGGGCUAAACUUUUAGUUCGGUUUAGUGUCAGCUCCGUGGGAACCGGGACUAACGUUACCAGGUGUAACGGUAGCGGGUACCUGUUGUUCACCGUUAUUUAAAGUAUGUGUGUUCAUGCGGAACUCAGUUAGUACCAGUUAGCUUUGUGCCGUUAGCCAGCUGCUACUCGUGGAAGCUAACUGAACUGUAACCGGAGCUAACUAGCGCUCAGUGACCGGAGCUAACGGGGUCAAAGUGACCGGAGCUAACGGGGGCAAAGUGACCGGAGCUAACGGGAGCUGUCUGCCCUGAGCUGGACCGACUUCACCGCUGCUGGUUUUAUUCGGUGUUACCGGGUUUCCUCAGGCUGAGUGUUCAACAGGUCACUGACUGAACCAAACUCCAUUCAUAUUGUGGUGAGUUUAACGGACGGAGACACAGACACACACUGUGGAGCAUAGCUCUCUGACAUCAUCAUGCUCUUUACGUGACGACCAAACUGCAGCCCGCGGUGGACCCCUCUGGGACCGUUACUGUCCUCUGAUUGGUCGCCUGUCACCUGCCCGUCAGCAUGCAGCUGACCUAUCAGCAGCUGCCGGCUCAGCUGAGGCGGAGCUCCAGGCUCAAGAAGCUGACGGCCGCUUUACUUGUCGCCUAUGCCAUCAAGAAGCUGUCACCGUACGUCUGGAGGAGGAUACAGGGGAGUGCAGCAGGUAAACAGCUGGGUGGAGCUAACCUACCUGAGGGCGUGGUCAGCAGCUCCUCCUCCAGCUCCGUGGACAAAAAGAAGAAAGACAGCAGGUCUCCAUCAGUGAACAGGGACUUUCUCCUCAGACUGUCUCGUCUGCUGAAGCUGUUGUUUCCACAGUUACUGUGUCCAGAGAUCGGCCUCCUUGCCCUGCACUCACUAACCCUGAUGACCAGGACCUUCCUGUCCAUCUAUGUGGCUUCUCUGGACGGUAUGAUAGUGAGGUGUAUAGUCCAGAAGGAUCCUCAGGCCUUCAUCCUGCAGCUCCUGAAGUGGCUCCUCGUCGCCGUUCCUGCGACCUUCAUCAACAGCGCCAUCAGAUUCCUUGAAGGUCAGCUGAGCCUCAGCUUCAGGAGCCGAUUGGUCGACCACGCCUAUCAACUGUACUUCACCAACCAGACUUAUUACCGUGUCAGUAACAUGGACGGCCGUCUGUCCAACCCUGAUCAGUCUCUCACGGAGGACAUUGUGAUGUUUUCAGCCUCCAUCGCUCACCUCUACUCCAACCUGACCAAACCCAUCCUGGACGUGGUGGUCACCUGCUACACCCUGCUGCGCACUGCCCAGUCCAAAGGAGCAAACACCACGUGGCCCUCCGUCAUCGCCGGCCUGGUGGUGGCAUUCACUGCCAAAGUCCUGCGCUCCUGCUCGCCUCGCUUCGGGAAGCUGGUGGCCGAGGAGGCGAAGAGGAAGGGAGACCUGAGAUACAUGCACUCCCGCAUCAUCACCAACUCCGAGGAGAUCGCCUUUUAUGGGGGACACAAGGUGGAGAUGGCCCAGCUGCAGAGGAGCUACAGGUCCCUGUCCUCUCAGAUCCAUCAGAUUCUGCUGAAGCGUCUCUGGUACGUCAUGCUGGAACAGUUCCUCAUGAAGUACGUAUGGAGCGCAUCCGGUCUAGUGAUGGUGGCUGUGCCCAUCAUCACCGCCACAGGAUAUUCCAAAUAUGACUCCGAGGAGGUGAAGCAGGCAGCCCUGGUGAUGAAGGAGGAGGAUCUGGUCAGUGAGAGGACUCAGGCCUUCACCACCGCCAGAAGCCUCCUGAACGCUGCUGCCGAUGCUGUGGAGAGGAUCAUGAGCUCAUACAAGGAGGUGACGGAGCUGGCAGGCUACACCUCUCGGGUCUCUGAGAUGUUGGACGUGUUUGAAGAUGUGAAUCAGGGAAUAUACCGGCGCUCUGCAGACAGAGAGGAGGCGUCAGGACGAGGAGCAGCAGGAGCAGGAGGAGCAGCAGGAGCUGUGGUCCAGCAUGGUCAGAGAGUGUGUGGUCCUCUGGAGAUCAGAGGUCGGGUGAUCAGUGUGGAGAAGGGGAUUCGCUGUGAGAACCUGCCAAUCAUCACACCGACCGGAGAUGUGGUGGUUUCCAGCCUCAACAUCCAGGUGGACGAGAAGAUGAACGUGUUGAUCACAGGUCCAAACGGCUGCGGGAAGAGUUCUCUGUUCAGGAUCCUCAGCGGACUGUGGCCUGUUUAUGAAGGAGUGCUGUACCGUCCAGACCCACAGCACAUGUUCUACAUCCCUCAGAGGCCCUACAUGUCAGAGGGGACCCUCAGAGACCAGGUGAUCUAUCCGGACUCAGUGGAAGAGAUGGUUCAGAGAGGAGUCACAGAUUCAGAUCUGGAGCAGAUCCUGAAGACCGUCCACCUGCUGUACAUCCUGGACAGAGAGGGAGGCUGGGAGUCUGUCAGUGACUGGAAGGACGUCCUGUCUGGAGGAGAGAAGCAGAGGAUGGGGAUGGCUCGCAUGUUCUACCACCGCCCUCGGUACGCUCUGUUGGACGAGUGUACGAGUGCCGUCAGCAUCGAUGUGGAGGGAAACAUCUUCCAGGCUGCAAAGGACGCUGGGAUAGCUCUGCUGUCCAUCACACACAGACCCUCCCUGUGGAAGUACCACUCUCACCUGCUGCAGUUCGAUGGAGAAGGAGGGUGGAGGUUUGAACCUCUGGAUGCAUCCACCCGUCUGUCUCUGCAGGAGGAGAAACAUCGACUGGAGAGUCAGCUGUCCGGGAUUCCCAAGAUGCAACAGAGACUGGCCGAGCUGUGUGGGCUUCUGGGAGAGAGAGAGGGGGAGGGGGGUGAGGAAGAGGAGGAGAGGGGGAUGAAGAGUGAAGAGGAGGAGGCUGAGGAGUGAACUACAGAUGAAGAGGAGUCACUCUCCUGAGUUUAACUCCGAGUCUCUGUUGGAAGAAAUCUGCUGCUGUUACUGGUUACCAUGGAGAGACACACACACACACACACACACACACACACACACACACACACACACACACAGUGAUUUUAAACUCAGUGGACUCUGCAGUCUGGAUCAUGAAGGGGGUCGGCAGUGAUCCAGAUCAGAACUGGUGUCAUGAAGCUGGUUUAUUGAUCAGCUGGAAAAAAUAAAAGAGACAACAUGUGACAGUAACAGGUGACGUGUCUGACAAAUAAUAGGUGACGCAACAGUGACGGACGACAGGUGACAGUGACAGAUGACAGUGGCAGGUGACAUUGACAACAGACAGAUGACAUGUGACAGUGACAGGUGACAAGUGACAGUUGACAGGUGACAGUAACAUGACAUGUGACAGUUGACAGUGACGUGACGGUGACAGUGACAGAUGACAAGUGACAGAUGACAAGUGACAGUUGACAGGUGACAGUAACAUGACAUGUGACAGUUGACAGUGACGUGACGGUGACAGUGACAGAUGACAAGUGACAGAUGACAAGUGACAGUUGACAGGUGACAGUAACAUGACAUGUGACAGUUGACAGUGACGUGACGGUGACAGUGACAGAUGACAAGUGACAGAUGACAAGUGACAGUUGACAAGUGACAGAUGACAAGUGACAGGUGACAAGUGACAAGUGACGGUGACAGUGACAGAUGACAUGUGACAGUGACAGGUAAAGGGGACAGUGACAGGUACAGGUGACAAAUGACAGGUGAAAGUGACAGGUGACAGUUGAGAGUGACAGCAGACAGAUGACAUGUGACAGGUACAGUUGGCAGAUGAUAGGUGACAAAGCUGAGCUCAGCACCACUAACAUGAGUCCAUUGUUAAAUUUGUCUUCAGUUUGAUCUGAUUUGGUGACUGAAGAUUUAUAAUUAACAGCUGAUUGUCAAAAUAAUUAUUGUUUUUAUAACAGAGUUUAGUUUUUCAUAGAUUUUUAAUAAUAUCAUGGUAUCACGUGUUAAGAUGGCUCCUAUUACUCGCCUGGUGCAUACACCAAAAAAAGUUUCUGAGGGUAUGCAGCUCACUGAACAUGUGCAGUGAUAUUUCUCCUGCUGGCCCCGCCCACAAGUUCCCGCUCGGCUCAUAGACUUUACAUUGUGAUGAUGUCACAGAUUGUUAAAUCACUUCUCAGCUCAUAUAAAACCUCCAUGGAUCAAAACUUUAAAGUAGAAAGAGUCACGUCAGGUUUCCAGCCAUCUGAUUGGUCUGUGUUCUGAUCUGUUACCAUGGUGAUCUGUGAGCCAGCUUCAUGACACCAGAGAGUCUGACCGCAGUGAUGUCAGUGAUGAUGUCAGCAGUAAUGAAAAAGCCUCCGUUUGUUUAGAUAAAAAAUCAAUUUUCUUAUCAAUAUUAGAGUUUCAGGGUCGAUAACUGAUGUUUAUCUAACAAAUGAAAAUUAAUCUAUUUUUAGAUGGACAGGUUUAUUUUACUAAUACAACACAAAUAUUUAGAAUAAAGAUAAAUAUUUAUAUUCAGAUCUUAUUGACGAGCACUUAGUAGAACUGAUCAAUAACUGCCUGAUGGUCACUAAUCAGCCAUCGAUAAUGUGUUCAUGUUGAAACCACUGAGAGUUCUCUGCUGUGAUUGGCCGACAGACGGUCGAAGUGAACGCCUGUGACCAUAGAUACAGAAACACAAACGCCUCAUUGGCCGCUGGAUCGUAUGUCAAAGACGCCGCCAUAUUGGAGAGGUCAAGACUUCCUGUACACAAAUGACAGUAAACAGAAGCUGCUGUUUUACUGAUUUAAAAUCACUGUAAUGUUUAUAUUUCUCAACCGACUGCAAUGAGUUGUUUUUAUAUUAAUGGAUUUAUGAUCUUUGUAUGUAGACAAGAUAAAAGUUUUGUCUCUAGUUCAUUAUAAUGUUGAUAUUUAGUCUAUAAUCACUGCUGGAUGCUCAGCAGAGGAGUGUUAGACUGACAGGAACUGAAUUACUGACGUGCUGGAAAAUAUUUUAUUGUCAUGUAAAACUGUAAAAUCUGACAUCUGUCAAACAUGAAUUUUUCCGUGCUUAAUAUUUGUGGAGACGUCCCUAUAUAAUCUAAUUUUAUGUGAAAGUAGGCAACUCAUCAAAUAGCUAGCAUGCUAGCAAGCUAACGCUGUCCGGUCAUUAGCUCCUUGAUCAUAACAGAAUAUAUUAACUUUCAUCACUGAGGACACUGAAGACAACAUGUUCUCUGUUUAUGUUGUAUAACUGUCCUGUAGACUGGUCUCCCUCUGCGUCCUGCCGUAGCGCCGUUUACUCUCUGUCUUGCAUUACGUGAUUAACCAGGCACAGACUUUCUCUCUUUGGCUCCAUUGACGGGGACGGCACACUGGUGACACCACAGUCACAUCAGAUCUCACAGCAGCCCCUCGUGGUAAUGAGCUCCAUAAAUUGUUUAACCACAGAAAGAAAGAAGUCUUUCAGCCAGCAGUCAGUGAGCAGGAAACACUGCAGAUUUUUUCUGAGACAACAUGCGAGCUACCAAAGUCACAGUGUGGUGAGCCCAAUAAAUGACUUCACAGCACGACAGUAUUGGCACCAAAACACUUGAUACUGAAUGAAGACGUCUUUUUUUAACAUUGUGAUGUGUCAAACAUGGAAAUUUUACAAGGGAUGAACGAUAAUAUCGGCACGUCAUCAAUAUCAGCUGAUAUCAUCUUUUAAGUGAACUCUCAGAAUCAGCCAACAUGCUUUUUCCUAUUUAUCACAAUGAAUGAAUAUCACAGACACUGAACAGUGUUUCAUGUCUCCACCUGCUGGUUGGCUGUCACCAUCACAGUCUGUAUAAUAUGAUGUUAAUCCACUACAGAAGUGACUUGAUGAUGAUCACUGACAUCAGGUGGGGAAAAUAGUGCAUAUAUCAAUAUCAAUAUUGGUUAUCGGUCAGAUGAGUUCAGCAUGUUGGAUAUCUGCAAAAAAUCCAAUAUGGUGCAUCCCUGAAUUUUACAACUCAACAAAAACAGUGUUUUAUACAUUUUCAGAGAGCUGAUCAGAAACCACGAUGACAACAGACUGGCAUUUAUAAACGGGGUGUCCCGCUCAAGUUUGCAGGGAUUGAUCUGUGGGGCGCACCCUGCGGUCUGCAGAGGCCCAGCAGAGGGCGCUCACUGAUAACACCAGUCCCAGUGGAAAACUAUUAAAUAAACAACUAUACAGUAUUGAUAAAAAUAAGAUAACUACUGUCAUAUAAUUACUGAUAAUGAGAACUAUUUGCAAGUGGGAUCAUGAACCCUGCUACACAGGUACGGGAAAAUAAAAGGCUUGAUAACAACAGCACGCUAGCUACGUUAGCUACGGCUCAUCGCUGGCAGCCAGAAACAAACAUCUAUGAUCCAUCGUCCAGUUGAUCAUCUAAAUCAAGAACAUGUUUUCUCUUUAAAUGAGCAGUGGUGAAAGUUACUUUAUUCUGUUGAUCGAGGAGUUAAUGAGAAGCAGGCAGAGUUAGCUAGCUAGCUAGCAUGCUAGUUAUCUACUUCCACAUUAUAUUCUAUAGAGACGUUUCCACAAAUAUUAACCAAGAAAAAUAAUCUAAUCCAUGUGAGAUUUUACAUCCCUCAUCACAAUUGACCUAUAGCUAAGCCAUGCCCCCCUCCACUCACUCGGACAAACUGUCAGCAUUCAGUGCCCGGCGCUAUGGCAGGUGUCACAGUACACGGCAUUUCACAGGAGGCAAUUGAUGAUUUUUGGAGACACAACGAUCAGAUGUCAUUGAGAAGUAACCAAAAGGGCCUAAACUACGCAUUGGAGGGAUAUAUUCAUCAUUUUAUUGUUGAGAAGGUCGAUGAAAAGCUUAAAUUACAAGCCAAAAUUUACAGGUCACAGUGUACGCUUGUGAACCGCAUCUGGUUGCCGUCACCAUCAAAGACAACAAGUUAAAGUGCCACUGAAGUUAAGGUUUUUGGCUCAGAAUAUGAGAAAAGGAUAACGGCCUUUUUACCAUCUUUACCAAGAGUGUCUCUCCGUUAGUUUGGUGCUACAGUAUUUACACUGAAUCAUUCAGCAUAACGUUUGCCAACCUUUGUUAUCUCUGCCAUUACAGAUAAGUUAAUGAAGCUAAGCUCCAGAAGUUAACGUUAGCUUAACUAGAGCCCUUUGGACAACAGCUAACAAUGAUGUACGAUCACCAAAGUACAAAACUAGAACAAAAUAGGCUAAUGAACUCCCAGCAAACAAGGUGACAUGAUGAACAACGCAGCUAGGAGCUAACGUUAGGCUAACUUUAGCUAACGUUAGCUAGAGAUGUUAAAGAUAACUUUAUAUUUCUUUCCAGCAAAGUGACAAUAUGUUGCCUCAAACACAAUGUUGACUUACCUUAGAACAGAUGUAGACAUCAUUGUUAAUCUUAUUCACGUUGAGUUGAUGUUGUGGUCUAACGUUACCACACAACUUUAUCCAAAGGAGACACUUUUCUCGGUUGAGAUGUGGUUUAAAGUGUAAAAAAUACACCUGGUCGCCCAGCCUCUCAGGAUACCUUGUGUCAGAGUUGCAUGUACCCCAUGCACACCGUUUGACCAUUUUUAAACUUCAAAUCUCAGAAAAAGCUGUGAUUGGCUCAUUGCGUUUGAGGGCGGGACUUAGCCAUAGGUCAAUUGCUAUUUUACACCAUGAAAAUAAUUCAGUGAUUCAUUAUAGACUAAAUAUCAAGAUUCUACUGAACUGGAGACCAAACUCUUUUCUGAUACACAUAGAUCAUGGACCCAGGAAUAUAAAAACGAAUUCAUUGCAGUCGACUGAGAAACAUAAACAUUAAAGCUCUUCUGUUUACUGUCAUUUGUUUACAGGAAGUCUUGCUCUCUCCAAUAUGGCGGCGUCGCUGACGUGUCACAGCAAUGGGCUGACACAGUCAAUGUGGCGUCUGCGUGUUAAUGUCUAUGUCUGUGACGAUCACUGAUCAAUGUGCCUGUAUUUGUGAGUCUGUCAGAACACAGGUGACCUACACUCUGUACUGUACCUGAACGCCUCCUGUGUAUCAUUAUUCUAUGUUUCAUAAAGGCUGAUAUUUCAGUCUGUUUCCAUGGUUACGGUGGAGACAGGAAGUGCCAACAGUGACUUUACACAGACUCCGAGGUCGUGAUGAGGUCAUGUGACACUGUAGAUUGUGCCAAUUUUUUGGAAACUAUAAGAUUAUUAACUGUUAAUAUAAUCAAUCAGUUUGUAUUCAGCUGAUCAAUAAAUCAAUCAAUCUGCUGCUGGAGACUUUCAAUAAAACUUUAUUUUAAUGUGUUUGACGACAGAGAUGUUUGUAUUGACUGUGUGAGGAUGAGGAUGAUGAUAAUGUUUUGAACUUUCCUCAGUAGAAAAUGAAAAAUAACGACCGUCGUUUGUCCGGAGCUUUUCACAAUAAAGUUUUAAAGAAGGAUUCACCUGUUUAUAUUAUUGAUUAUUGAUUAUAUUACAGUGUAUUUUCAUGUUUAGAGUUUAAUGAUGAAGAUGUUUAUAUUGACUCUGUGAUGGUCAGAUGAUGAUGAUGAUGUCAGAGGAUGAUGAAGAUGAAAUAUGGUGUUUUAAUGAGUUAAAUCUGCAGUGAUCAAAGUUUGAUUUUAUUUUUUACUAUAAUAAAUCAUAUUAGCUGA